AUGCUGACAACUUCGCUGCGCACAGCUCUGCAGCGACGUACGGGAUCCCCCCUCUGGCACUUGACUCGCAACGCCAGUGCAUCAGCCAUCCGCCCACCACUAUCGCCACCUGCACCUGAUCGGCUCAAGCCUGCUUCUCCAACGUACUUUUCAGCGAAACCCUCGUACAUGGACACGCUCCAGAUGCUCGAUCAGCUCACACGCGAAGUGAAGCGCGAGCUUGAAACGGCUUGUGUCCUUGCGCCGAAUGCGCGCCCACCUCCCCUUCCGCACGGCACCAUGUCGGCGUCGUGGAUCUCGCGCGAGCGUCUUGGAAGUCGUCUCGGCCUCCGACUCCGCGCAUCUCAAUACCGCAGCGUCACCUCGCGCCUAUCCUUGCUCUUGCGGUACCAGGACUUGGCUGUCAAAUACUUUCAGAAUAGUUCGCCCUUCGCCGCCCGCGGGUCCGCUCACCAACAGGAACUAGUACAACAAAUCAUCGAGAUUCUCGAGUCGUUCACAAAUGAACUCACCCUUGAUUCUCAUCACGAUGCCUCCAGCGCCAGUGAUGCACUCUCUGGCAUGCCGACGCACGGAAUGAUUGACGAUCUCGGUCGUGCGUACGCUCGUGGCCGUCGGAAAGUCAGCAGCGCUCGUGUCUGGCUUGUCCGCGCAAAGCCCACGAGCGAUGGUCAGAUCCCCACCGGAGAAAUCCUCAUUAACAAUGCGCCUCUUAGUCAAUACUUCUUGCGCACAGCGCAUCGCGAGAUCGUGACAUGGCCUUUCCGUCUCGCUGGUGUCUUGGGCGUGUACAAUGUUUUUGCGCUUGUGCGAGGUGGCGGCGCUUCUGGUCAAGCGGGUGCGCUUGCACAUGGUAUUGCCAAUGCCUUGGUUGCGGCUCUUGGCUCGGCUGAAGGCGAGCAUGCGACGCAGGUCCAGUCGCAUAUCCAACAACUCUUGGCAAGAGACUAA